AUGAGCUCCGGACGCCCAGUCGUCCACCAGGACUACAUUGCGAAAAUCAGAUAUUCAAAUGCGCUGCCUCCUCCACCAUGCCCUCCCAAGCUGCUAGACAUUCCCAACACCGGCCUAUCGAGCGGGCAGUACACGUCGGCGGGCUUUGCAUCUAGGCUUGCGCGAGAACAAUCGCUGAAUAUUGAAGCUGAUGCUGAGCUGGGUAUGCCCAUCGAUCUGGUCGGUAUUCCCAAGGUAUUCGAUGGAGAUGAGUCUGCUAUUCAGGCUAUGCCUCACCCGCCGCCGCUUAAUGCCGCAGAUAAGGCGCUGAUGCGACCGCCAAAUGCGCUCGGAAAGAGUACCAGCCACGUCUCGGGCGCUACCUUCUUGCGGCGAACGGAAUACGUUACCGCAAGUACCACUGGCGGCUCUAAGUUCGAAUCGAGCAAUUCGUCCAACACUAUGCGCCUGCGUAGGAAGCGGAAGCAAGUCGAGACGUCCCUCGAUGAUCCUACAAACAUCUCGCGACACAUUCUCAAGGGCUUCAACAUUGCCUACCCAGCAGAUGCGUACAAUGGACAGGACAACGCAGAGAACAUUAGGGCGGCAGAGUCGACACCUGAAGAGCGACUGGCAUGGAACAAGCCCAAGCACCCCAGGAACCCCAAUCUCAAGCUGCUCGACUCGUACCCGCUUCUUCCAGACUGGGACGCUACACCCGAUACUGGUGGAUACAUGGUCUUCAAAUUCACCGCACCACCCAUCAACAACCCACUCGAUCCCUCAUACGACCCACGACUUGACGUCGCUCUUCUCCGUCCCGCCGGUCAGACCAUCCAAGAUCAAGAGCGGUACAUGGAAGACCUCCAAGCACACAAGCUCGACCCAACAGUCCCGCCACCCAUUGCACGCUACCAAUUCGAGUUCUUCCUACCCUCAGAUAAGAGCAAAGUCCGCGGCAUCAAGCGCAACUUCACCACACACGACCCCACCAACGAAGCCGAUAUCGACUUUGACAUUGCCGAAGACGACGAAGGCCAGCCCCGCAAGUGCUUCAAAUACGACAAUAUCCGCACCUACGAGACAUCGCAGCAAGUCGGCGACCCAAGCGAUACUUAUGGUGAUGUCGUCGCCCUUGCACUACACGACCCCGAGAAACACGAGUCUGAACCCCUGCGCGAUACCAAGUUGCAGAAGGCAGCAUACUUUUACCCUAUUACUCAACGGACGAGCUUGAGGCCGAGACGACCUGGUCGUGUCGAUAUGACGGAGGAGCAACCUAAGGUGGAUAUCAUUGAGGCUGCGGGUAAAGAUCCGGAGUCGCAUGAGCGGAGGGAGAUGUACAGGAAGAGGGCUGAGGGCAUGGAUAUUGGGGAGUAG